CCUCAACAUUCCCUGCCGACCAUUUUCCCGUGACACUUUAACUUGCCCUCCUGCUGUCUUCUUCUCUCUCAAUCUCUUGCAUCCCCAACUUGACUCGAUUCUAAUCUUCCAGUUCACUCAUCUCUACCUCCUCAUCACAAUCAUCAUGGGUGACGCUACUGUUAACGGCGACAUGCCUCACUCUGCCUUCCUCUCGCACUUGACGUCAUACCCUCUCGUCUCUGACUCCAUCACCGUUGUCAAAGAGAAUCCCUACGGCGCAAAGUCCAUCGACUUCACCAACGCUAGCUACACCAAAUUUGUCAAGCCCAACCUUUCAUAUUUUCAGACACCAGCAGCCUACGCCAAACCUUAUGUUGUCAAAGCAGACGAACUCGGUGACAAGUUCCUUUCCAAAUUCGACGAAAAGGUGCCCAUUGUCAAGACCGAGACCAAGGAGAUCAAGGGCACCCUUUUCAGCUAUGCCCACUGGCCUCUCCAAAAGGCCGGCGAGACAAAGGACUGGGCUUUGAGCACAUACAGUGAAGAGUACAAAAAGAUUGGUGGCGAGAGCUAUGUCACCAGUGGAAAGGCCGUCAUCACCACUUCUCUUGUCUUGACUUCAGAUGUUCUCAAAUAUGUCAGCUCCUUCCUCCAGACCAAGAAGGAAGAAGCCAAGGAAGUCGUCCAGGAAAAGACCAGCAAAUAGUCAUCUCAUCCUCGGCCUCGACUCUUUGCCCAUCAGACUACCCUUUUGUACAAACGGUUCCAUAACCUAACACGAUACCCUGCCUCCUGGGCAACAUGUUCAGCAAAACAGAGAGCGCUGUUGAAUCAUCAUCUUCUGGGUCAAGCGAGUUAGUGGUUGAUUAUUUUGGCUUUGAUGCAGUGCUUGAUUGUGGCUUGUCCUCUGUUUACGGACGGCCAUGAAGAGCGGUUUGUUAUGCCCAGAGAACCUGUGGUGCACCAUGUUUUUCUCAACGGGGACAUACAGUUCGCGACAGGCAUGGUAUUCUCUGAACAGCGUCUUUGUUUGUGGAACUUUUCGACUCCAUCUUAUGAUAUAGAAUCAUUCUUUGAUAUGCAUAGACGCGCUCAAUGAAAUCGAGGCGUAUCUUCCUCCAUCCCGAUGGAAGCUGACGUCUCUAUAAAACAGUCCAUCGUCCAUUCCGAUGUUAUCUUUGUAAUUAUGGACACUCUAUAGCAAUCUAAUCUCAUUGUCAUUUGAGUCUCUCGAGGGACCUUGAUCUUGUG